UGUAGUAAUUACAAAAAAUAUUACAUUUUAAAAAAAAGCUUUUCAGGUAUAACGUGUUUAUUUUAAAAGUUGAUAUGCAAACAAAUUGUGUAUUCGAAAUGUUUGUGAAGGGGUGCUAGCAAUUAAAAAAAUGAACAUCAAGAUAUGUUGACAAGUUCAGGGAAAUAACUUAUUCGAUCAGCUUGAAGAGUUCAAUUUUGUUACAUACAGUAAACAUUCGUUUAUCAUUAAAAUGGAGCUGGUUAAGUCUUUCAAUUAUUAUAAGGGAUAGCAACGAAGUUAUGGUAUUUAUUGACAUCACCACCACCAUCAGGAGUUGCUUCUUCUGGACACCUUCAUCCAUGAGGGGAUCGACGGUACGUCGCGUGUACUUCAAUCGGGAGUGUCGGUCGGGAGUGUUCUCGGGGUCCAGCUUCGAACUUCGAAGCUUCCAACACCGGGAAUCUCGGAAUUUCCGAGAUCCUUCGUUUUGGAAACUUCGGAAUUCGAAUCUCAAGGACUCCAAAACCUAUGAUCCCAUAUCGGGAUCAAGUUUUUGGAGUUCUUGUGAUUUGUUUUCUGACGUUUCCGGGACUUGGGAUCUUGGGAAUUUCGAAUUUCGUGUGCUGGGGGCUUCUAGUUCGAAUUUGGACUCCUCAAAUUUCCGGGCAAAGCCCCGGACGGUCUUCGAAUAACAAAAACGUUCGCACUAAACCUGGUAGGCGUGAAAAAUUUGUUUUUGUCUUUUUUUAAUGUAAUAAUAAAACAACGUUGUGGUAAUUA